AUGUCGUAUUUCCCUGUUCUUCCUGGCGCAGUGGAUGAUGCUGCCACGCCAGCGCCAAGUCCGAAGAUGCAUGGCUUGCAUGGGCAUGAUGCAGGUGACAUCGAGGCACCCCGUCCUCCGGUUCGAAACGUGGUUUUGACCGUCGAGCAGAAGGAGAAGCUGCAGCAAUGGCAGCGGAUGGCCGAGCACGGCUUCCAGAUUCAUCGUCGAGCCGAGCGGUAUUAUGAGCAUGUGAAUUUCUGGACCCUUUCACUGCCAUCGGUAGUCCUAUCUGCUGUGGCGACAGUCUGGACCCUGGCGACGGAAAACAGCCAGUUCGAAAACAGCCGGGUCUACAUCGCCUCCAUCUCAGGCCUCGGCACAAUUGUCACCUCAAUCGGGACGUACUGGAGAUGGCAAGCACGAAUGGAGAAGAAUCGGUUUGCCUCCGAGCGAUACAACAGUCUGACCAACAGGCUGACGUUGCUCAAAGCCCGCUUGCAGAUGGGUGACAUCGAAUUUGCCCAUGUCUUGCAGGAAGUGGAAAGCACCAUCCAUGAGAUCCUGAAAACAUGUGGACCGCCAGACCUCUGGGUUCAGCAGCGUUUCGAGUGGGAGGAGAAGACGAGCCAGUACGAACUGCUGGACCGCCUGACGAACCUCCGCGAUGUAAGCCCUUGGGUCCGAUGCUGCUUUCCGUGCUGCUGGCAGACUGUGACGAAGUUAUGUAGAAGGAGAAUACGUGGCAACGGCGAGGUGGAGCCAUCGAGUAUUUUGGACCAGAAGAUUCGGGAAUUUAGCAAAAAAACUCAAGAUGUGAGCGUGGACGAGUUCAAAGACUACUUCUGGCAGCUGUUUCGAAUGGCGUCCAACACAAACAAUCUGGAGAUGUGCAAAAAUCUGCUACGAGCGGUCCCGAACGCUCUGAAGGAUGAGAAGGAAGUGCAUUUCCAGUCGCUGGAGCCAUCUGGGAAAUCUCCUCUGCAUUUUUCUGUCGCAGAUCAUUUUCAUCAACUGGGCCAAUGGCUUUUCGAGACCUACCCGCGCGAGAUGAAGAGUCACUGCUUGAUGCAAGACCAUCAUGGCCGGAUACCGCUAGACUACAUGGAGCCGCGCAAGGCUCUCCAGCCUCACCAGGAAGGCUCAGCCUUUUAUCCAGUGCUUCUCUUCGAGACGUUCCAGGAAUGGUGCACAGAGAUGGGGCCGUACACCGAUGAUCGACACAGCUUUGAAGACAAGGAGCGAAUGAAGCGCAUCGGUGCCGAUUUGUUGAAGCGCAUUCUGGAGUGGGGCAUGAGGCAUGUGGACGUGGCUUGCACCAAACGGCACACGGUGCUCCACCUGCUUGCUGUGCAUGGUGUGGAGGAGCAAGAAGUGUUGGGCCUACAACGCGGGUCUCCUGCAGGGUCCGACACGGCACACGAAACAGGUACCCUGCUUGAAAUACUCCUUCGGCAGAAGGAGUUUGACGCCGACAUCAGGGAUGCUACAUCGGAAAGCAAGGCACCAAUGGAGCUGGCCACCGAGCAGCGACAUGCCAAGGCCACAAAGCUCUUCUUCGAAGCCAUGCUGUCCGAGAUGCACGAGAUCAAAGACGACCAUCAAAAGCAGGACCGUUUCAAAGGUCUGAAAACCAUCCUGGAAGACUCGUUGAUUCAGCUUCAUGCUCGCCACGAUGGCCAUCCAGUGGAGCGAAGCAAAGAUGUCAAGCAGAUUUGUUGCUCAUGUGCACAGCCCGAAAGACUACUGGGGCACUUGAAGGUCCAGGAUGACUUACGAAACUUCGUCGAGAUGAAGUUGCAGGUCCACGGAUAUGAAGCUACUCUGCUCCACUAUGCAUGUGGUGCUGACCCCUUGAUUGACGCAGCAAGGCUUCAACAUGACUCUGGGGCAAGUUUGGCCCGGCGGUUGCUGGAGCAGCGCGCGGCGAACUCGCAAGAUUCUCUUCGAAAAACACCUUUGAGCUGGGCUGUGACGAAGCACCUUCCCAGCAUUGCUUGGGACAUCUGUGAGUUCGGCAUCGAGAACGAUGUCGCAGAUGUUCUCGAUGACAUCGAGCAUCAUUUGGCCAGCCUCCCCGAGGAAUAUGCACUCUUCCGCGUGAGCAUGGACUCUGCAAAGGCGGUUCCAGCAGGUUUUGGAUCCCUAGUGCUCUGGAUCGAAUUUGAGACAGGGGCUCGGACAUACCUCGAUGGCUGCGUGUCACCGUCUCCAGAACCGGGCAAAACUGUCUUGGAGUUUAGACCUUCGAGCAUGGUGGCCCCCUUCCAGUUUCAGCUGGAUUCGGACGGUGUGCAGCUGGACAAAGUCCCUGGACGUCUGAGCUUCACCUUGGAAGGUUUGCUCCUAGGUCAGAAGGACCAUGAGACGGGCAUGGUCAUCGAAGAGCAGUGGGUAACUCUCUUUCCGAACUUGCCUCUGAAGGAGUGGUGCCAGACUACAAAGACCAAACAACGUCUGGAGUUCAUGAACUAUCAUUCGAAGCGCGACGGUUUUACAAUAUGGCACCUCGCGUGCAAAUACAGAAAUCUUCGUUUGUCCAAGAUUCUCAGAGCGCACAAUGCGACGUACGGCUUCUGUGUCGAUUGCAAGAAGACACCGCUGGAUUGCGCUGCCACAGACCGCGAAGUCAUCAUAGAGGAUGCCGAUUCCGAGUUGGAAGACGGCUUGCUGACCGGGGCGAAAGUGGCAGGAGUUGCCGACUCGAAAAGGCAAGAGCUCGCCAAACUUCUCCUCUUCCACGAUUACGUCUGCAAAGCAUCGAGGCACCAAAUGUCACCCAAGAAAAUCGCUCGCAAGUACUUCUUGUACUUCGGCAUUGAGCCGGCAGUCUUGGUUGCGAUGCGGGAUGUGGACGGGAAGGUGCUGCUGCACUACGCAGCAUAUUUCGGCUUGUUUAAAGACGUCGAAUGGCUCUUGGAGAAGGGAGCACAGGUGGAUGUUUAUGACCAGAUGUCCAUCCAAGACUUCCGCUUCACGAUCAUGGACCCUCCGAAGCAGGAGCUCUGGUCGCAGCUUCAGAAGGCCUACGCCCUGACCGAGAUCCCCUUCCCGGAGUUCUGCUGCCAGAAAGCCGAGCGCGAGCCUUUCAAUGCGGUCCUGGCCUCGCCCACGGAAGAUGUCUACUGGCUCAGACAGGAGGACAUCCCAGAGUUUGCCACGCUGCGGGUCUGCUUCCAGCGACCCGAGCGCUUCGACGGCUUCCGCUGGCCAGCCAAGGGGGAGGACGGGAUGCGUCACGACGAGUCUGGCGAGCCAGGAGCCGUGGAUGUAAAGCUGUGCAAGUGGAUGAUGGAAGCUAGGGCCUGUGAAAGGCUGCACUACAGAGUGGAGUGGCUGACUGUGAAUUUUGGGCACCAGGGUGUGUCGUUGGACGUGGACGACUUCCAGAGCGGCAAGUAUAUCUCCAUGCAUGUGCACCGGACACCUUUGGACCAUGCACUCCUGGGCGCAAUGGACAAUGCCGAGACAAUGUACAACGUACGAGACACUGCAGAUGAGAAUACAGUUGGUAUUUCUGACAUCCGGCUGCCACCACACGCGCGUAUUUGCAAGAUCUUGAUCGAACAGGCUCUCCUGUGUGAGAAGCAGGAAGGCAGAACGCUGCUGGCGGAAACCUUCGCAAGCUUCUGCCGGCCAUGCCAUGUCGCAAGGGGAUUGUCGAAGUACAUCGUGGACAUUCUGGUCCAGGAGCCAGGGGCCUCUGCCGAGAAGACCACUUUGCUGCAUGUCGCAGCCAAGCACGGCCUGCGAGAUGUGUGCAACCAGCUGUUGAAGUAUCGCUGCACUUUCAAGGAAGUUUCCAUGCAAACUCCGCUGGAUGUCGCAAGUGACGAAGGCACCUAUCACCUUCUGAUUCUUCCCGCUUUCGUCUCGAUCUGUCAGAAGAUCCACACGCGUGCCUUGCCGAACGAGGACGAGGAGGCCAUUGCGGCCAGAGUGGAGCAGGUAGACCAGGAGGCGACUGCGUGGCUGACCAACAUGGAAUCUCGAUCCCUUUCCUUGCAGAAGAUAGUUCGCAUCUCCAAUCCGCAGCAGGGCAAGUACACCAUGGUGGACUAUGCUGCUAUGUACGGGAUGAAGCGGGUCCUGGCCCAUGUCAUUGAUGGACUAUCAGACAUCGAGGAUGAGACCAAAAUCACUUGCCCGGCUGAGAUUAUCGGGAUCGAAAUGCCCAGAUAUGGCGAGAGAAAUCAAGUCAUCUACGACCUGCGGAGCUUGUUCACGGCAGCGGACGAUCGUUGGACUUCCCUCAACCUGAAGCAAAAGUUGAAGGACAUGAAGGAGGCUUUCAAAGGAAAGACCAGAGAGGAGUUGGUGGAAGCUUUGAAGAGGGAGCUCCGCGAGCACAUCCACUACGUCGCCUCCCUGGACACCGAAGAGGCUAUUGAGUUUUUCGAUGCGGCGCUGGAAGCGAAAGCAGAGUGGCGCAAAAAGAAGGACGCCACCACCGGCGACACAGCACUGCACAUGGCUGCCCGCUCGGACAACAUCGACAUCGUCAAACUGCUGUGUGAGAAGUACAAGGUGAACAAGGAAGACAAGAAUAUGAACCAGGAGCGGCCCAUACACAGUGCUGCCAGGAAUCAUAGCUACAAGACGAUGAAGUACCUUCUGGAGGGAGGCGUGCAGCCGUUGCCACCAAACUUCAAGAAGGAGCACCCCAUGCACUUGCUGGCCAAGACUCUUUCGCUCAGGUCUCCUGGUCAGAGAGCACCUGAUCCAGAGAAGUUCCAGGAAGUGAUGAGCAUCCUCAUGGCCAAGGUGGCCGAGUCCAACAGUUGGAUGAAUUUGACAAAGAGAGACGCAGAUGGCAAGUCCGCCCUGGAGUAUCUGGUCAGCUCGUGUGGCCACACGUAUGCCGGCCCCGUGGUGGAGAAGCUCGUACAUGUGCUCCCAGCGGCGGUCCUUGAGAGCAGCUGCUUCUUCGCGGCUCUGGACAACCCAACAGGGCCUUCCCGAUUCCUCAAGGCUCUGCUGAAAAACACCGCAGACAGGAAGAUCCUGACGAAGCUGCUGGACCAAGACCCGGACAAGAAUGGGCUCAACGUGGUGCAGAUCUGUGCCUUGAAGGGCGAUGUGGAUUCCUUGAGGGAGAUUCUGAAUGCGCUGGCAGCUCCAGAUCUCCUGCGUCAAGCACUGAUCCCAGAAGAAAUCGAAGAGACGAAGCUGAAUGCCAGCAUGUGCGAUCAGACUCCGCCGCUCAUCCUGGCGAUUCGUCAUGGGAAAGAAGAUGUGGCAAAACGUCUUGCCUCCAGAAUGUUGGGCUUGGACGAGAACCAUCGGGCCCGUGUGAAAUGGGAAGAUGAAUGCCACAACAGCCAGCUCAAGAAAGAUCUGAUCAGUAUCUUCAACCAGGCCGGGCAAACCUUCUUCCAGUUGAUCCGGUCCGGAGAGGUGGGAGCUGUUCGCAACCUGCUCAUCGCUCAGCCCGCACUGGUGGAAAGUGCUGAUGCUGCUGGCAACACUGCCCUUCACGUCGCGGUGCAGAAGUCCUUCAAACACCAGAAGGAGAUAGUUCAGCUUCUGCUCAGUCACGGUGCAGCGCUGGGCGAAGGUGGGCAGAACCAAGAGACACCGUUGCACCUUCUGUGCCGACGUUCUGCUGCACAGAUGUACCAAAGUGGCAUGGACUGGCCACCGGAAAGGAAAUGGGAGGAAUGCAAAGGUUGGUCGCCUGCGAAGGAUAUGCUGCAAGAUUCGGAGGAUGGUGCCAAAGAUGAGCUCUUUACCCUGACCAAGAUUACCGAGCUCAUCUUACGCGAGGUGGUCUCUCGCUGUGGGGAGGACAACGCCCGAGCCGUGACGGAUAUCCUCUCCAUCCAAGCUACGGGUGGAAACAAGACCCCGUUUGACCUGGUGUCGACUUGCUUGGACGCAGCCGCAUUUCUCUCUGACCACCCUCUGCGCAAGUACUUGAAGCAGGCAUGGCUGAAGCCUUUGCUGGCGUUGACAGAAACCAUCUCGCUGCCCGGCACGCGGAAGUUGUCGCUUCUGGGCUUGGCAGUCCUCCUGCGUGCCAACGAGGCCACGAUCCGCUUGCAACAUGAUGAUCCAUUGGAGGGUCCAGCAGAUGAGACACCUCUUACAUAUGCGCUGAUGCUGCAGCAAUUUGAUUUGGUCCGCAAGAUGCUAAGCAGGAUCGAGGAACGGAGGCUCCAUGAUCGAUUGGAGGAGGUCAUGAUGCAGCCGCAUACAGAAGGACUUCUCUUCACACCGCAGGCCAACAGCGAGCAGAUCCCGUCUCAAAUCUUCGAAGUCUUGCCCUCUCAAAAUGUGGUUCGGCUGCUGACGCGGAGUCCCGGCAUUCUGACCAGGUGCCUGCAGACAGGAAACGACACCCUUCUGGAGAACAUGCGCAGCAAGAUAUGCACCGAAGCAAUGCGCAACCCGCAUUGGCCCGAGUGGCGCUUUGGCAGCGAGGAGUGGGGCGUUCUGCACAUUUUGGCAGCACUGGGCAUGCCGGACAUGAUUCGCGAGCUCCUCCUUGAGCUGCCACCAGAUUCACAGCAAGCCUACGUCAACGCCAAGGAUAAGAACAAGAACACUCCGCUGCACCAUGUCCUGUAUUUUGUGGGCUGCAUUGUUGUCAGCGGGAGCAGUGAGCCGGCAUUCCAUGGCUGUUACUUCCCCAAGAACGUCGACGGCCGCUUGAGCUACUGCAUGCAAGGCAGGGAUGGCACCUGCGACCACUUCAUUCGUCUCGCCAGCGACAACGAAGAACUACAGUGGCGGUUCGAAGACAACUCGGACAACUGGUUUUGGCCAUUCAUCACCAAGGGAAAACAGAGCCCUGAUGAGGUGCCAACAGACAAGUCCUGGAAGGAAUGUGAAUCUUCAGGGGAUCUACCUACUCUAAUCUACAAGGAUGUGGAAGACAGGAUGCACGUCAACGUCGUACGAGAGCUGCUGCAGUUCAAAGCAGACAUUCUGCAGCAGAACACCCGGAAAAGGACACCGCUGCACGUCUGUCUUCACCGCCGAGUCUCGAGGGCAUCCCGGGACAAGUUGCCGAAGCUGGCCCUGAAUCUACUUGGCAUCCAUGACGGCCUGAUGCCUUCCAUGCCGCGGUUGCAAACGCUUUUGGCAGAGCUGAGGGAGGCAGAUGGCUUGAACGUCCUGGAGUUAUCAGUCGCAAACAUUUGGGGCGAUGACGUUUGGAAGCAUUGGCUUCCGACUUUUUUGGCCUUGCCGGGGCUGCUGGUCUCGCACGAAGCCUUCAGUGGGCCCCUCUCCUCCGUGCAGGACGACGUUCGAUUGCCUCGGGUGAGGCGGCCCCAGUCUGUUCCGCGACUGGUGGCGCGACUUGCCGACGAUGAGAGCUUGCCGCGCGACGUGGAAAUCAGCAUGGCCGAGAUGGGGCUCGGAAGCUGUCUAUUGUCCUGCCUGGCGCACCAGCGCAAGACCUUACUUCGCUCCCUUCAGAAGCCUCGCGAAAGCGGCUCGAUCUUCCUGGUUCCCGAGCCGUCUUUGGAAUCUUCGCCUUUGCUUUCCUUGAAGAUGCCAAACGAUGGCCGAUUGGAGGUGGAUUUCAUCGAAGUGUCAGCGAGUGAGGCCAACACGCGAGGGAACAGCAUCAACGUGCUUGUCGGCUUGUACGCUCUCGGUGAACCAACCUUGAAGCUGAAUGGCGUGCUUGGCUCCUACCUGAAGCCUCCCUACCGGAAGCAGCUCAUCACUCCUCACUACUGGGAUUUCGGGAGCUGGGACCAGAGUUCUUGGAUUCGAUCCGUGGGCUUGCCAAGUGGAUCCAGGCAGUCAGGAAAGUACUACUACGAAAUCUUUCUGAAGGAAGAUCCUGACGAAACGCUCUUUGUUGGUGUUGCACUGGGAAGCUAUUCACCGCGGCAUGAUGAUGACACAAUUGACCGAAACGAGGGUGUAUGGCUCGUGAACGGAAGUAAAGUUUGGUUUGCCAAUGCUGAAGAAAAGAAAGACCAGUGGCAGACUCAGUGGCGAGCCGGGCAAGUUCUGUGCGUCUCAGUGGAUAUCGAUGCAAAGUCUAUGCGCAUUGCCAUCGAUGGCAGUGUGGAAGCUCAAGCUUACAGGUUUGACCCCAAAGGCAAGGCAAUCUACCCAAUCGUCGUCGCACAGACAGCUUUCAGGUUCGCGAUUCGCAAGCGCGACCUCAGUUUCGACGAAUUGUUUCCAGACUACGAGCCUUGGCUCCCUGCGGAUCAAAUCCUCAACCCGGACCAGAAGCGGGUUGUGCGCUUCAGCAACGUUCCUGCGGAUGCGGAGAGCAGCGCUGACUUGGAGCUCAAGCUCAGCACCAGCGUGGACUCCGGCACCUUCUUUGCCAGCACAAUGCUCGCGACGGCCUUUCGCCUGGGCUGCUCAUGGGACAUUGUGGAGAUCCUUCAGCAGCAGGGCUGCCGUCCAACUCUCUCCUCUUUGCUGGCAGCAUUUCGCUAUGCAAACGCAGGGACUAAGGGCCUGCUCUUGCACAGCGACCUCGCGCAGCAGCCGCAAUAUGCAAAGCUCCUUCGCCAGACUGGGACUGGCCGGGAGGACUUGCAGCCCUGGGUCUUCGGCUCCUUCUUGAGAUACUUGCAGAACAAUGAGCUGACCAGCGAAGACAUCGCCAUCGUGUGCCAAAGGUUUGCAGACUGUGGAGCUCCGAUCCAAGCGAUGUACGGGGACUACAUUCACGCAAGAGAUGUCAAUGUCCGUGCAAAGGGCAUGGUGCAUCGGCUGGAUGGGUGCUACGUGCGGCAAGACAACUCCGUCGGCUCCGGAGAAAGGCAAAUCUUCAGGAAUCUGUGUCACACGGACCAGUGGAUGAUGUACGACCCGUUCGAAAACCUUUGGAAAGUUGGCCUGACUCAGAAGACAGUAGAGGGUGGCUGGCCUGCGGAGUGGCACGCGGAAACGCCGAACCUGGAAGAUGGGAAGCUGAAGGUGGUUGUCGAUGGUAAAGACGUGGAGGAUCAGAAAGACCCGGAUGCGCCUCCUGAGAGGGACCUCUCGAACUCGAACUCCAAAUCACAAAGGUUGACGAAAACCUCGCGAAAAUCAGAUGAGUCUGCGUCUGCGCUAAGAUACUUUCAAGGGAAAAAUUUGGUGGACUGCUUCACCGACUUGGCCGACCUGCUUAACAUCUCGGAGCCUCACCGGAACAUAUUCCGAAGCGAGCUGCAGAAGCAAGGAGGCAGUUUACAAGACCGUGAUGGUGCGGCGCUUACUCUGCACAGCGCCAUCGAGACGGCUGUGAAGGAAGUCGGAGAGGAGACGAGCCAGCAGCUGCUGCAGCUGCGGGAUGCCACCGGCAUGCGAUGCCUCGGCGAGAUGGAUGCUGAUAGCGUGCUGCAAGGAAGUGAUCCUUAA